CUCAAGGCUGAGUGAAUAGGAAGAUGCAAAUAUCCUAAACCUUCGGUCGUGUACCUAGUUCUCAGCCCUUGGAUCCCCGUCGCGUCGGCGCGGGAUCCCACCACCAUUCACGGGGCCUGACAGGGCCCAACCUCUACGAACGCCCGAGCGUUCGGAACAUGCUUGGCUUUGCAGUGAGGAGAAAUCGUCCAAAGGUUCUUUCCAAGGCAGGAGCGACUGGACCCGGAACCACAAAGCAAAGCGUUUGCAACGAUAGCGGUGGGCUUCAUUUGUCAAGCUCCUCCAGCUUUAUCAUUUGCGACUCCAUUGUGGGCUACCCAAUCCGACAUGCUUCACAAGGCUUCCAAGAUUUGCUUGGCUACAAGGCUUCGGAAUGUGUCGGAGAAGGCUUUGGUGGCCGGCAAUUGCGCAAUGGACUUCAACAGUCCAGUGAGUUCAAGAACCUCGCAAAAGAGUUGGGUCUCAACGAACUUGAGAUGUCCAACAGCAUCCAGAGGAUGGCUCAGGCAGCAGAUCAGGCUGCGCAAAGCGCAGCAAGUGACGGCGCAGCCAAUCUGUCGGGACAGAGGUCGCCGUUGCUACUGGCCACCAAGAAGACUGGAGAAUUGUUUGUGUGCGAGAUCUCAUGGCGCAAAAACACGCACCCCAGCUUGGGCUGGUCCUAUCACGCCGGAUUGCUCCGAGACGUUUCCAAGAUCUCGGCGGCCCGUCUCCUAGUGGCGGCCAGUCAAGAGACCACCUACCAGGAACUUUGCAACGAAUGGGCUGAUACUUUGGCUCCAGAUUUGGGCCUCCCGAAACUGUCAGAAAAGCUGGGUUCUUCGUCACAGGACAUGCAUGCUGUGGCGCAGAAAAUGUGGACGGAUGAACUCACGAAGGAGACCGGAAAAGCCAAGACUCAGACGCGCCGUGCAGAUGCAAGCUCGAUCUGGAGCCGCAGUACUGCCUCCACCCUGGCAUCCGUGAAUGCUUCCACCCGCGCAUCGCACCACUUAGGCGGUAUCUUUGCCAGG